CUGCUUUAUAAUACAAUUUCAAGCACUUAUAUUUUAUACAUACCAAUUUUGUACAUUUAAACACAUAGAUAUUGAUGCCCAGCAAAUGAGUCGGUCACUCAGUUUUUACAUUACGUUUCUUCUCCUAGUGUAUAUAUGGAUGUCGUGGGGCAACGACAGCAUGCCGCCGCGCAGCAGCGAUGAGCGUGAGGCAUUCGAGCGGCAGUGGAAGGAGGACUUUCGCAACCUAAGCUUUUCACAAAACUCGACGUACGCCCAGCUACCGCCCAAGGUUCGCAGCGCAGCCGACAAGCUAGUGGGCGACAGUGGUGUGCACGCACACGCAGCGCAGCUUGCUGGAGCCAGAAACGGCAGCAGCUUUGCCGGCGUCUACCACGGCAACUGGCAGGCCGAGCACUUUGAAGGCGCACACUUGUCCGCUGGAUUCUCACGGCCGGGCGACGGGGCAGCCGGCCGCAUGACACUGGAGUUGGCACCAGCGUCGGUUGCAGAUCGCGAGUUGGGCGCAGCGGAACCUGCAGUGAGGCCACAACUAGUACAUGGAACCAUAACUAUGCUGGCACCCGGAUUUUCGGGCCGACUGCAGCUGCGUGGCGUGCACUGGCAAGAUGCGGGCACGGUGGUGCUUUACGGAGUCAGCGAAAUGCACGCGCUGGCGCCCAUCGGGGCUGUGCGCGCAAUGCCCAGCGCCUCCGCAUUUGCCCAGGCCAAGCAGGCGUUUGGCACGCUGCUGCUCGGUGGCCUGCGCGACUAUGAGAUGCCUGAAGACGUGAUCCGCGCUUGUGAGUACCAGGUCUUUAAUGCUCGGACGAUUUUAUUCUCGAGUGACUGCGGUGUGUCGGUGACCACAGAGGGGUCUCUGGCGGGGGUAUCGGCUGAGCGCUACCGCCAGCGCACGACGAUAUACUUGCGCAUGCUGCUGGCGGCGCUGGCUGGCUUGCUUGCGCUGCUGAUAAGACAGAUAAAGUUUUCUGAGACGCAUGCUGCGCUGGCCAAGGUGUCUUUCUACACUGUAGCUGGGCAGGCUAUGCUCGAGCUGCUCAUUUUUGUCGCGCACUUCUCCGACGGCCUGACACCCUCGGGCGACAUGCGUCCGGACUUUAGUGGUCUGGGCUUUGUAGUGUUUGUGCUGCUGAUGCUGGCCACGAUGCACUAUCUGACGGUGCUGUGGUCCACCCAGGAACUGCGGCAGCAGGAAGAAGAGCCCACGCGCCGGGUGUGGCUUCCAUACGUGCGCUUGUACGCAAUGCUGCUGGCGGGCGCCUUUGUCAUUCACCUCUACACUGAGACGUUGAAUCCGGUCGCUGCUCCGCUGCUGGCCGUGCUGCUAACCGCAGCCUACUCCUUCUGGUUGCCUCAGAUUGUUCGCAACGCCGUCCGCGGCACUGCCCGAGGCCUGCGCAUUGAAUAUGUCGUUGGCUCCACCGCCAUACAUCUUCUCUUCCCGCUCUAUGUGUUUGCGUAUCCCGACAACAUUGCCUUCAUUGCGCCCGUGUCGCUGGUGUGGGCCCUUGUUGGCUACGUUGUGGCCAGCCAUUGUGCUGCUGUUGCAGGAUCUGCUCGGCCCCCGCUUCUUUGUGCCGCCAAGCUGUUGCCCGAGGUCUAUAACUACCACCCGCUGCUGCCAUCUGAUGACGAGGAGAGCGCCCUGGAGACCAGCGAUCUGGUGGUCCCCGAUGUAACUCACGAUGGCGCCGAGCCUUUUGAAUCGUCGAGCCCUGCAGAUACCUCUUCGGACCCCUCUUCAAAUGCCCAGGACGAUGCAGUCGUUCCUGUUGCUCCUGUUGCCUCUGGUCGCCGCACUAGCCCGCGCGAGUGCGCCAUUUGCAUUGAGAGCGUCGACGUCACGACAGCGACAGAUCGCACGCAGUACAUGGUCACGCCCUGCCACCAUGUGUACCACACGGACUGCCUCGUGCCCUGGAUGAACACGAAGCUCGAGUGCCCCGUGUGCCGCGCGCCGUUGCCGCCCGUCUGAGCCCAAAAAUACAAACAGGGUGGCGGUGGUGUAAGAGCUGCUGUUAUCGAUUACAAUUAAUUUGAUAUUUCGUUGAUUUUAAAUAGAAACCUAUG